AAGAGAAGUACUGAAACUGGUUUAUUCGCUAAUCACCUUCUCCUCUUUGUCAAAUCACCUGCUUCUCCUCGUCGAUCCAUUUAACGUUCACAAUUUCUUGCACCCACAAACAAACUCCGUGUUUAGCUGUAGUAGUUUCUUUAGCCUUUCCGUAAGUCCCAAAUCAGGACCUGCCUAGUUUCCUGUAUGGCAACAAUUACAGGGUUCAAUGCCCACACUCCCUCUCUACACAUUUUCAAUGUCACACAUGCAAUGCUUUCUUCACCCACUUCUACAAUCUCCGCGCUUGCAAAGAAACACCCACUUAAUCAUUCUCCCAAAUUAAGCAACUCUCAACCAGCCCAUUUCCGUGAAAAAACAUGGAGUAGCGGAAAAUAUAGCAGCAAGAGGGAGGGCAAGAUAAUACUCUGUUCAAUAAAUAAGCUUGCAGAAACCGAGUCAAUUCCUUUAGAAGAAAAUCCAAGACAUCUAGCUGAAAAGCUUCCAUCUGCUACUGGUGUGUAUGCCAUGCAUGAUAAGAAUGGAGAGCUUCAGUUCAUCGGUAUUUCUAGGAUGGUUUCCAACAGUGUCCUCUCUCAUAUUCGAGAUGUCCCAGAGCUAUGCGGAUCAGUAAAGAUUGCUCUUGUUGAUGCACCUGAUCGUGCUGCUUUGACUGACGCAUGGAAGCUUUGGAUGGAGGAGCACAUAGCUGUUAAUGGAAAGGUUCCUCCUGGAAAUGAAUCUGGGAACAACACAUGGGUAAAGAAGCAGAGACAAGCCAAGCCUGAUCUUCGACUUACACCUGGUCAACAUAUGCAGCUAACGGUGCCUUUGGAGCAAUUGAUUGACAAAUUAGUAAAGGAGAAUGAGGUGGUAGUCUUUAUUAAAGGUUCAAGAACUGCUCCGCAAUGUGGUUUUUCUCACAAAGUCUUGACAAUAUUGAAUGAGCAAGGAGUAGAUUAUGAGUCGGUUAAUGUUUUUGAUGAAGAGUACAAUCCUGGAUUAAGGGAGACUAUGAAGGUAUAUAGUGGUUGGCCUACAUUCCCUCAAGUGUUUGUUCGAGGAGAGUUGAUAGGAGGUGCUGAUAUCUUAUCUGAGAUGGCAGAAAAAGGGGAACUCCAGGACCUUUUUAGGGUUAAGAAAUAGAGAAAGAAGUUUUUAUGUAAAAUAUUGGAAAAGAAGCAUGCAAACAAGAGAGGGAUUGCAAUCGCUAUGUUGAACAAUAAGACAUUUUGUUGUUUCGUGAUCAGUUAUUUCUCAAGCCGCGACAAUCUUUUCCCUCAGUUUGCCAGUGUCUGCUACUAGCUACAGGGUGUAAUAAUUUAAUUAACAGUACAGACUGCAGAAAAAUGAAAUGUCAGUGAAUCCUAGAUUUUUUACUAAUGAGCACUUGGCAUCUUAGGAGCACUUUUCUUCUCCAUAAAAAUAUACUGCUAGUGAAGUGUUUAUACUUAUUGGAUGAUUUUAUUUAUAAUAAAAAAUGUAAUAAAAUGUUGAUAUGUAAGGUGAAA